ACGGUGGGCAUCAUCCGGACCACCAACUGUCCCAAAGGCAAAUGGUUGGCCCGAGAUGCCAACUACAAGUAUGGUUAUAUUUCAGUGAUGAACGUGGAGCUGAAUAUAAAGGAGAUGCUAGAACUUGGCAAAAAGGCUCAAGCAGCCUGCCGAGAAGGCAACAAGGAGGCAGACACCAUCAGUAUUGGGAGCAGAUCUUCAACCCAUCCCAUUCUAACAAGCAGCUUCACAGAUGACAGUGAGGAGUGGGCCUGUGAGGACACCCUCUCACCUUCCAUUGAAAGCCACGUUCUUCAGCAGUCUGCCUCGGAGCCCGACACGUCAUGUGUUUAUGGGGAUGCCCAGCAAACUGUGGGUGACGCAAACCUUGAAGACCUGCACACACAGAUCAGACAUGAAGCCCUGCAGAAACUGUCCUUCUUCCUUCAGUCCACCAAAAAUGAACCAGGCCUUGUCCCUGAUGGAGGAGGAGCAACUCCUACAAAGUACAGUAUUAUCCCUAACCUCUCACAAGCAAGCGAGAUUGGGCUCUGCCAGUCUCCCCGGAGCUUCAGAGCCCGCUCAAAGUGUCAUCUUCCCAGCUCCGGGCUCCACCAGUCACCGUGGAAGAUCCUCAGUGCUGCCAGCUCGGGCUCCAUUUUCUACUGCUGA